UUGGUUGCAUUUUGUAAAUGAGCUCUUCUUUCCUGUUUUGGCAGAGUUUAUUUUUCUCCUGUCUGAACAAUGGUGUUUGGAGAAAUCUGUGAGCUACCAAGCUGUAGAAAUCCUAGAAAGGUUUAUGGUUAAGCAGGCAGAGAACAUCUGUAGGCAAGCCACAAUCCAGCUGAGGGGUAAUGAGAAGACAGAGUCUCAGAAUUGGAGGGCUCUGAAAGAGCAGCUUUUCAAUAAGUUUAUCCUUCGCCUGGUGUCAUGUGUUCAGCUGGCCAGCAAACUUUCCUUCCACUACAAAAUAAUCAGCAACAUUACAGUCUUGAAUUUCCUCCAGGCUCUGGGGUAUCUAUACACUAAAGAAGAACUGCUGGAGUCAGAGCUUGAUGUUUUGAAGUCCCUGAACUUUCAAAUCAAUCUACCCACUCCCCUGGCAUAUGUAGAAAUGCUCCUCGAGGUUUUAGGAUACAAUGGUUGUUUGGUCCCAGCGACACAGCUGCAUGCAACCUGCCUGACCCUGCUUGACCUGGUCUAUCUUCUACAUGAACCCAUAUAUGAAAGUUUGCUGAGGGCUUCAAUUGAGAACUCUACGCCCAGUCAACUCCAAGGGGAAAAGUUUAUUUCAGUAAAGGAAGACUUCAUGCUGUUGGCAGUAGGAAUCAUUGCAGCAAGUGCUUUCAUCCAAAACCAUGAGUGUUGGAGCCAGGUUGUGGAACAUUUGCAGAGCAUCACUGGUAUUGCCUCGGAGAGCAUUGCUGAGUUCUCUUAUGCAAUCCUGACUCACAGCGUGGGAGCCAACACUCCAGGGCGACAGCAGCCUGUUCCUCCCCACCUGGCAGCCAGAGCUCUGAAGGCUGCUGCUUCCUCUAACACAUGAUGCAGGCUGAAUCCACCAAAUAUAAACAGCCUUCCAUCACUGUACUCACCCCUCCCUUUGUUUACUUUCAUACUCAGUGUACAAAAGUUCCAAGUCUCUUUUGAACUGUAUUUUGUAUUCCUUUUUUUUUUUUUUUUUUUGCAUAAUAGGGAUUGAAUGCAGGACCUUCUGUAUGCUAGGCAAAUGCUCCACUAUUGAGCUAUAUUCCCAAUACUUUUUAUUUUCCAUUUUGAAACAGGGUCUUGCUAAAUUGCCCAGGUUGGUCUCAAAUUUGGCAAUCUUCCUGCUUCAGUCUUCCAAGUAGCUGGAUUAUGGUGAGUGCCACCACACCUGGCUGUUAUUCCAAAUUCAUGCACAUUUUCUUACAUCAGAGAGUCAGGGUGGAUAAGAAUGUCCUUUUUGUCAUAUAAAACUAAAAGUGUCAAAGAGCUUGGAGGAUAUAGAUUAGUGAAGUUGGUUCAUUUUUAUUUAAGAGUAUAUUCAUAGCUUUUGACUUAAUUUCAUUAAUCGGGACAAUAAGACAUAGAGAUUAGCAUAACUGGAGUCUCAAAACAGAGUAUCUGGGUGACCUUGACUAAAUAUCAAGGAGACAGUGUUUAUUUAUUUCUACUUAGUUUAAUGUCUCUCUCUGUUAUCAAGGUCUACACAAACAGGGCUUUCUCUAUAGCUAUUUUCACUACUUUUUUUUUUUCUAAAACCAUACCAUCUCUAAACAUGUUUCAAAAGAAUUUCCACAUACCUGCACUUGAAUUCAAUUCUCCCAGAAUACAAAGUACUCUAUUUUAGUUAAAGAAAAACUCAACAGUACACCUCUGGACAGUUAUUAGACUAUAGCAAAAUUUUAUUACAAAUAAAUUUCUCCAUAAUGUCUCAAACAGUAUCAAACACCAUUUCAUAACGUUAUUCUUAACACAGAGCAAAAUAGGCAUUCAGUACUUGAACUGAGUGAGAAGUGUUAAAUUUCAAGCUUCUGAUCACAUCACAUGGUGACCAGGCAAAGCUUAGAUGUCAUUUUCCCACGUUAUCCAACUGUGUAUUUCAAACAUCUCAUCCUCUCAGUGGAGACAAAAGCUUGUAUUUCAUAUUUUAAGUGCAGGAAGUUGAGAGAGAUAAAAUCCAGUGAAAACACAUCAGUCUCAGUUCAACUCAAAAAAAAAAAAAAAAAAGCAAACUUAAAUUAGUUGUUUUUUCAGGGGAUAAAGGGAAGAGAAGGCAUGGGAUUAGGAGCAAAAUUGUGACAAGGGCUGGUAACUAUACAUGGCAUGUUGUAGCUCUGGAAAUUAUCUGUCAUAUGAUAUUUUAAAAUAAAGUGGCUUUUAUCUCUUUUGGUAUUGUAAA